CAACUGGACAAUCAACAACAGCAGCUGAAGGCUCAACAACAGCUGAAACAUCAACAUCUGGUGGAUCAACAACAACAAGCAGUGUUCCAGAGACAACAACAGAAGGAUCAUCAACAACUGGAGGUUCAACUACAACUGGACAAUCAACAACAGCAGUUGAAGGCUCAACAACAGCUGAAACAUCAACAUCUGGAUCAUCAACAACUGGAGGUUCAACUACAACUGGACAAUCAACAACAGCAGUUGAAGGCUCAACAACAGCUGAAACAUCAACAUCUGGUGGAUCAACAACAACAAGCAGGGGUCCAGAGACAACAACAGAAGGAUCAUCAACAACUGGAGGUUCAACUACAACUGGUAUAUUAACAACUGGAGGUUCAACUACAACUGGACAAUCAACAACAGCAGUUGAAGGCUCAACAACAGCUGAAACAUCAACAUCUGGUGCAUCAACAACAACAAGCAGUGUUCCAGAGACAACAACAGAAGGAUCAUCAACAACUGGAGGUUCAACUACAACUGGACAAUCAACAACAGCAGUUGAAGGCUCAACAACAGCUGAAACAUCAACAUCUGGUGGAUCAACAACAAUAA